GAGCCUUGUGGGAAUUGGGAGCGGUCGUCACAGGAAAGAUUGGCGCACCAAAUAUCACUAAUCGACGUCACACCUGGGACUUACGAUGUUGUGGACGAUGUCGAAAGGGAGUUGGAAAAUGAUCCCCGUUAUCCAGAAAUUGAAAGUCGAAAACUGCCAGAAAACUACACCGUGGAGACGCACUUCAUCACCGCUCUCAAUCACACCGCGUACUUCGGCAAUGAAACGGAAGACCGCGUUGCCUAUGCUAUGCUGUUUAUGCAUUCGGUAAGCCUUCGCUUGCAGCAGCUCGAGCCGCCCGCCAGAAUAGGGUUAACAGCAAUUGAAGGACUGCAGGUCAAACGACAUUAUUUACAUCUACAUGACGAUGGACGGGUCAUGAUAGAUCAAACAUUGGAUGCAUUAGGAGAACUUGCGCGUACUAGUAAAGUACACAAGGUGUCUGACAUCGUGUUUAUGGCAGUGAGUGCAGGUCUGGUUAAAAUUAGAGGUGGGAAAAACCUUGGCGGUACUUUAGGAAUGGCAAAUAAGGGAAAGGCCUGCAGGAAUGGCAAAGCUGCCAUAGGUUUGGACCGGCCUGUUACGUUCUCCGGUGUGCAGACGGCGGCUCACGAAAUCGCUCAUUUGUUGAACGCUGACCACGAUGGUUACGGUGCAGCGAAGAAUUGCUCAGGUGAUGAGGGUUUUAUAAUGAGCAGUCCACGAAGAAACGGAAAUAACAGCUGUGCGUUUUCGAACUGCAGCAAGAAAGACAUUGCCGACUUUUUGACGUGGCCAUACUCAAGAUGCCUAUUCAGAGAUAACGCAUGUCACGUCAUUUCUCUGCCAAACAAGGCGGCAAACCUCCCAGGGGAUGUAAUGGAUGGUCAAACGUUCUGUAACGAAUACUACAGGGCACCAAGAUACACGAACUCCACUUACAUAAAGCUUGAAUCUGACCUCAACCAGUGCGUAUUUCGUUGUUUGGUACACGAUACUUACUCCCGUGGCAAGAUGCAGAACCGCACGUCCUUUGCAAUAGAUGGCACACCCUGCUCUGAAUCUCAGCCGCCGAAGAUAUGCCACAACAUGGUCUGCGUUGACCCCUAGUGAAACACCGUGACAUUGCUGAAAGAGCAAACCUGCAGCUGGCGCAUUACUACGCAGAUGCCGACUCACAGUUCAGAAUAAAGGUGCACUGUUCACGAAUCAAU